CCCUGGGUCCCCUCCAAGGCCUCGAGGUUUUGGCAGCUCUGCAGGACGAAGACAUGGCCAAGGGCCCUGAUGACACGUGGAGGUGGGCGACCCUGGUGGUGCUGGCCGCCCUGGGCACAGCUGUGACAGCGACCACCAGCCCCGGCGUCGUGGCCAGGAUCACCCAGAAGGGCCUGGACUACGCCUGCCAGCAGGGAGUGGCUACUCUGCAGAAGGAGUUGGAGAAGGUCACAAUUCCCACUUUCUCAGGAAGCUUUAAGAUGAAGUACCUUGGGAAAGGGAAGUAUAGCUUCUACAGCUUGGUUAUUCGUGAAUUCAAGCUUCCCAAUUCCCAGAUAAGACCGUUGCCUGAUCAAGACCUUGAUCUCUCCAUCAAAGAUGCCAGUAUCAAGAUGAGUGGAAAAUGGAAGGCACGAAAGAAUUUCAUCAAAGUCAGCGGCAACUUUGACCUGAGUGUGGAUGGCAUCUCCAUUUUGGCUGGUCUCAAGCUGGGUUAUGACCCCACCUCGGGCCACCCCACAGUCACCUGCUCCCGCUGCAGCAGCCACAUCAACAGUGUCCGCGUACGCAUCUCGCGCAGCAGCCUGGGGUGGCUGAUCCAACUCUUCCGUAAAAAAAUCGAGUCUUCGCUCCGAAACGGCAUGAACCGCAAGAUCUGCGAGGUAGUGACCAGUACCGUAUCCUCCAAGCUGCAACCUUAUUUCCAGACACUGCCAGUGACAACCAAAAUAGACAACGUGGCUGGGAUCGAUUACUCUCUAGUUGCACCUCCCAAAGCCACAGCUGAUAACCUGGAUGUGCUGUUGAAGGGGGAGUUUUUCAGGCUGGCCCACCGCAGGCCCCCUCCCUUUGCCCCGCCGGCGCUGACCCUUCCCAACGACCACAACCGCAUGGUGUACCUGGGCAUCUCCGAAUAUCUUUUCAACACGGCCGGGCUCGUGUAUCAAGAGGCUGGAGUCCUGAAUUUCACCCUCAGCGAUGACACGUUACCAAAGGAAUCCAAGUUCCUCCUGACAACAAAAUCCUUUGGAACCCUCCUACCCCAGGUGGCUAAGAUGUUCCCCGACAUGAAGAUGCAACUCCUCAUCUGGGCCUCCUCCCCACCGAACAUUGCCGUGUGCCCCACCGGCCUUGACCUCACCUUUGUCCUGGAUACCCAGGCUGUUGCUGUCCUCCCAGACUCCUCUUUGGCCCCCCUCUUCCUGCUUGAGAUGUACGUGAACGUUUCUGCGGAUAUUGGUGCCAGGUCAGACAGGCUUGUUGGAGAGCUCAAGUUGGACAAGCUGCUCCUGGAACUGAAGCACUCGGACAUCGGCCCCUUCCCGGUUGAAUUGCUGCAGACUAUCAUGAACUACGUUGUGCCCACUGUCGUGAUUCCCAAGAUUAACGAGAAGCUGCAGAAAGGCUUCCCUCUCCCGCUGCCCGCCUCCAUCCAGCUCUUCAACCUGAUGCUUCAGCCACACCAGGAUUUCCUCCUGUUCGGUGCAGAUGUCCAGUACAGCUGAAGUCCCCAUGGGUGCUGGGGGCUGUCAAUCACAUCGGGAGGUGAGGGGCUGUCAGCACCCUAACCCUGACAGGCCCCAUGGAGCACGGGCUGCCUCCCUCCAGGCUUCCCUCUCUAGCUCUUGACUCGGAGACUCUUGCAAACGUCUCUGAACUCAGAUUCAGAAAUGAUCUAAACAUGGGAACCUUGUUCCUUGGAAAAGUGUGUGGUGUGUAUUUUAGGGAUUAUGAAUUUCUUUCAAGGGCUAAGGCUGCAUGGGCUGCAUUUCAAUUGUAAUCACAAUAUUUCUCUUUGUGCUUCACACAACA